GCUUGUACAAAUUGUAUAGCUUAGUUAGGGAGCUAGCUGCAGGUGAGUUUGAAGGAACACAACAGCCAAACAACUUGCAGACGAAUGGAAGAUCAACAAGAUCCAUCACCUGGCGACCCUCAUGCCAUUGUUGUGGACAUCCCUUCCCUCUCCCGAGCAUUGGAGCUGGAGCUAGCUGUGCGGCGCCAACACCGCGGCAGUGGUUCUCAGUCUUGCACCCUUAACAUCGGCAAGGUGUAUGACCUGACCCGCAACGUCGACGAGCACGAGUACGAUCCGCACUACGUCUCCAUUGGCCCCUACCACCGGAAAAGGAUCCCGAACAUCAUCAGGGAGGACGAUAAGCUGGCAAGCCUCAAUAACGUUCUUAGCCAGGCGAGCCCCGGUACUACGGUGCAGAAGUACCUCACCGAGUUGGCUCCCGUCGAAGGCCGUGCGAGGAGCUUCUAUGCCCACUGGUUCAGUAACAUGAGCAGCAAGGAGUUCCUGCGCAUGCUGCUUCUCGACGCCUGCUUCGUGAUCGACAGGUUUGGCGACAUGACCACCGAGAACAUCAGUUCACCUGGUGCCAAUGGAUCUGCGCAGAGCAGCCCAGCACCGGCAGCAGGUGACGGUUCGCCAAUUGCCAAUGGGCACGGGCAAGACGGUCACCAAGACAGAAGCACUGCAUCGGCAUCAGGGGGCGGCAACAAGCUGGAGACUGGAUGGAUGGUGCGGGAUGUGUUGUACCUCGCAGAGAAUCAGAUACCAUAUUUCGUCAUCGACAAGAUCCACAAUCUAACCUUUUCAGGUGGCCGAGCUCCAGUGGUGAAGGCGAUCGCAGGGUGCAUCUCCUGCAUCCUGCAGAAGCAGCAAUACUCGAUGGGGACGGUGGAGGACGACGCUCCGCCGCCAGGCAACCUCCUGCACCUUCUGUACAGGCAUUUCUUGAAACCUGAUACUGUAUCAUCGUCGUCGUCACGAACCGACGAGCCUGUAAGCAGGUGCCGCACAGCCAUGGAGUACCACAUCAACGGCGUGAACCUCAAGAGCUGCCUCGUCGGCGGCAUCGGUGGAACCCGCAGCAUCCUCGAGGUGAUGCUGGACAGAGCCAGUGGAACGCUGGUGGUGCCCCGCCUGAACAUCGACGGCGAUACAUGGCGGAUCCUGCGCAACUUGAUGGCGCUCGAGCAACAGAACCCCGCCGUCGGGAGCCACGUGACGGCGUACUGCAUCUUCAUGUCCCAGUUGGCGUGCACCGCGGCGGACGUGGAGUUCCUGUCGAGGAGAGGGGUCAUCGACCACCGCCUUGGGAACCACGGCGAGGUCGCCGCCUGCUUCUCCGACCUCUGCAAGGGGAUCGUGUUCGACGCCGACGACCCUGGCUUCAACUACCUGAGGGGGACGUGCCAGGAGCUCGACGAACUGUACCGCAGCCGCCGGCGACGGUGGAUGGCGCUGCUACGGCACAAGUACUCCGCCAACCCAUGGCUUGUCGUUGGGGUCAUGGCGGCGGCACUCGGCCUACUUUGCGCCAUUGUCCAAUCAAUUUACGCUGUUUUGAGUUACAAUCACGGAGCAGCGAAGUAGAAAUAUAAAUUCUAGAAGUGCGUAGGGUGGUAAAGGGUUUUAAAUUUUAAAUUUUAGACUAGAUGAUCUAAAGACGGAUCUUAAAAGAGCCAAAUUUUAAUUUUAUAUAAUUUUAAGUUAAAAAUAUAUAUGGCUAACUCGGAUCAUGACGAGCGCACCAGGACUGUACGAUCCGUUGCCACCCGUAUUAUGCUGGCGUAGGGAUUGAACGAGUCUAGACUGUUCGGAUGUAUGUUGUAAGUCACGUGUGCCUCCCAUGUAGCCAAUAGGCGUGUGCGGCCAGUCAUGAAAAAGUUUGCAGUGUUACAUA